GAUUGAAAAAAAAAUGACUGAAAUAUUAGCCCACAUUUGGAAAAGCCUGCCAAACAAUAGCAUGGAUGGUAUUCAUUCUCAAUUGAAACGCUGCACAUGUAUUGGUGUAUGUAGCUAAAUGUACAAUGGCAUCUUUCUUACAAGCCAUAGUGAAGCUACAACUGAUUUCUUUAGGUAACCCUGCAUUUCGUCAUCAAAAUGAAACCAUGUCUAAAAUUUAGAGUGAGGCAAUAGAUCAAACAGUUACAAUGAUACACUGGUGAAGGAAGAGAAAUAAGUAAAGAUGAGAUAAUGAAACAGGCACUGAAAAUGUGUGCAUUGUUAUGAGACAUCGUCUGCUUAUGCUAAUGUGGUCCCUGGCUUGAGUGACAUCAUAAAUCUGGGCAGUGUUCAGAGUCUGGGAUCUUUUCAAGUGUGAACAUUGAUAAUAAUCAUUACUUUGAAUAUUUCCAAGCGGGGAAUUUUGAUGAACUUGUUUAUGUGAAACCUGAUUUAUGCAUUUGUUUAUUUCAUUGCAAAAGAAGUUUAUUAUCAAUUUUCAUGACAAGAAAACUACAUGUUUGUUUUUUGUUCUUUGUAUUUGCAGCACUGUCUAGAAAUGGAGAGGUUGCUGAAGUCCGAGCCUUGUCAGAUCCGAGACAAGCAAAUGAAGGAGCCAGAAAACCCGUGGAAUAAAUUCAUUUUACCUUGCCAAGAUCGUGUGAUCAUGGACAGAGAGUUUGAUCUCCUUGCUUUUUCAGACAGCGAGUGCAGCGACAGCAGGUUUGAUACGAUAAGCCUCAGUUCCAGCUCUAGCAUUGUUUCUUGGGAUAGUUCGGGAGAGCUUUCACCAUCUCCCUCAAUGACUACAAUCACAUGUGAUCCUUUUAAAACAGAAAAUUACAAGGCGGCGAGAAUGAUAUCUGAAGCGACCCUCACGCCACCAUCAUCACCUGAACUUGGUCGUAGCCGCUUAGUGAGUGUGCCUGUUGGACAAUUGGUUGCAGUAAGCAUGGGUGGACUCAUGGACAGAGGUUCAGUUAGGAUGCGUAGUUUAAAUCCAGUAUCAUCUUCUAGGGGUAGUAGUAGCAAGCGAUCAGAUUCUCCAGACCCCAAGCGAAGGGUUCACAGAUGUCAAUUUAGUGGUUGUAGGAAAGUUUACACCAAAAGUUCACAUUUGAAGGCACAUCAGAGGACACACACAGGUGAAAAGCCAUACAAGUGUACUUGGGAAGGGUGUGAAUGGAGGUUUGCUAGGUCUGAUGAACUCACACGUCACUACCGCAAGCACACAGGGGCCAAGCCUUUCAAAUGUAGUCACUGUGAGCGAUGCUUCUCUCGAUCAGAUCACCUUGCUCUACACAUGAAACGCCACCUCUGAUGUCACGUUCCCUGCUUUGGUUGGGGUUUAUUCGUCUUGUGGUCUAGAAUCAAACAGCAUUCAUGCCAAAUAGCACAACUCGCUCUGCACACCACGUUCGCCCGAAGAAAUUUUGUGCAAAAGAUCAAACUUCAUGUGAGCUGAUGUUGCCACAUUGCGUGAAACACAAAACUGCAUUUGAAUGAUAUGGACAGUAGGUAAAUAUCGUGCUUGUAUUACAACCUAGGUGUAGUGACUGUUGUUAGGAGGUACCAAUGUGUUUUCCUAAGACACUAUUCCACAAGUUGUGGUAUUGGCAGAGAAUAUCAGAUGACUGAUGAACUGGAGAGUGUUAGCCCCUGUUUGGUAGCUGUCUAUACAUAACCAGCUUUGAGCUAAACAUAAUUUCAAGUAGUUCACUAUACGUGUGGCUUACUUUGAAUCAUUGUGUCAUUGCAUUACAUGAUCUUUCGUGAAACACAAAACUGAAGAUAUUGUGCAGACGCAUGUUAAAGACGCGACCUUUCAGUUUCAUAGAUUUGCUGCAAGUUUUUCACAAAGUGUCAGGUAAAUUGAACCAGAUCGUUUUUAGAUGAGAGGGUUUUAUUGCGCAAACCUAACCCCUGACCUUUCGUGAAUAAAGGGGCAUGUUUUUACAAGAGGUCAGGUAACACGACCACCCGACCCGACCUGAUGACCUGAUGAUUUGAAGUUAGCCAUUCGCAUUGCAUGAGAUGCAAUGCACAACGGUAGAAAGACCGCUGAAAACUGAAAGAGUAUUGAGCUCAAUGUGACCAUAGAUCGAUGUAUGUGGAAAGGGGAAAUACAGUGGGAAUAUUGGAAGUUUAAAAAAAAAACAAUGUUGAAAGGAGAUUUGACCCACACAGUUGGGAUGUUGCCUGAAAAUGGAAUUGUACCACUUGAUUGAUGUACCUGUAGUGAACAAAGCAAUGUGAUUAGAUGUCUAGAUGGUGAUUGAUAGAUAUAGAAACAAUGUCUGUAGUAGGACUGUAGUAGUCUAAUGUAGGAUAGGAUGUGUAGUAGAAUUACUAUUAGUCAUAGUACAUACAUAUAUAUAAUGAUAACAAGAAAAGAGCUGGUUGCGAUUUUAAGUGUCAUAUUUUUUUAUGUUUGAAAAUUUCCAAUGUGUGCAACUCUUAAAAUGCAUAGAUGUUUGUAAAGUAUCGUUGCUGAAGAGAUUUCUCUUUUUGUGGAAGAAUUUUAGAUGAGAAAAUGCAAAGAAAACUGAUAGGUUGGCAAUUACACAAUUUAGAAACAAAACAACUUUGUCAUACAUUAGGUACAGAAUCACUGUUUGACACUUCAAUUCAUUUGCUUCAUUGACACCAAAGAAAAACAUGUACAAUUCUGAACAGAAAAAAAACCUUUGUCUUAUAUCUCUAUUUCAUCUUUUUUAAUGACAAGCUUAAAGAUAUACCAUUACAUAAUGAAAUCAAUUUUUUAAAAGUGACUGUCUAUUUUAAAAAAGAUGGUCACAUUGUUAUUGUUUAAUUUGUCAAUGAGGAGUUUUGAUUUGAUAUGAUUUGAAAAAAAAUAAAGUGAAAAUUCAGCUGAUGGUAGAAGUGGAGUAAUCUGGUCAGGUAUACCUAUCACUAAUGACAGCUACAUUUAUGUUUUUGUAUAAUGUAGCUUGAGGGUGUAAUAUGGUAUAUGGAGAUAUAUAUAUAUAUAUAUAUAUAUUCAAAUGCAUUAAUCAAUAGUAAAUUUAACUCUAUGAAAGUGCUGUACCUUAAGUUUCUAACAUCAGUGAAAGUAUAUGUAUGAAGAAAAAAAACACAAAAAGAUACAAACCACUAACAUUAAAAGAGGGGCAAAUUCAGAUGAAGGCUUAUGUGCAAAAUUAUUUAUGAUGAUACAUGUAGUGAUAGAAAUGUUGAAUUGUGAACUAAUUGUGAGGUAUUGUGUGUUGAGUGCUUGCAUAAUGGUUUGCUCCCUCUGUUUCUGUUUGAGUACAUGUAAGUGUUGCAUAACAGUGCAAAACAGACUAAGUGAGUGACAACCAAGGAAACAUGCCUCUCAUGUACAUAAUUAGAAUUUCCAUCCUUAUGACCAGGCAAAGAAAUUGGACUAAGAUUGCAUAGGGAAUUUCACGAAUGUAAAUUGUAUUGAAUACAAAAUUUUGCUCUUAACAUGGUAAUCAAUGCAAGGUUUUGCUCCCUCAUUUUAUUGAAAAUCUCAUUAUCUCAAUCUGUUCCAACUCAUUGUCUCCCAGAGAACAAAGUCAUCUCUUGGAGAGUAGAGAGAGAGCAUUCUCACCUAUUGCACCAUUUUUAUGGAACCAAUUACCAGCUCAUAUACAUUCCUCAGAAACUUUUGAUUCCUUUAAAGUUGAACCCGAAGACAGUCCUCUUUUUUCCAAAAGCAUACAGGACCUGAAUGUAAUACAACACAAUUUGUAUUAUCCUGUAGUCUAUUUUUUUUCUUUCUUGUUUCUCAAUUCAUGAUGCGCCUCAAAAUAGUUUUACCAGAUAGAUGGCGCAAAAUAAAUGUGUUAUAUUAUUAUUAUUUUUAUAUUAUUAUCUGACCUUUGACCCAAAUAGUCAUAUUCAUGUAGAUCCAAUGUUUGAAUUGUGCAGUGGUCUAAACCUUCAAAUUAGAGAAAAGGCCAAAUUUACAAUCAGUUGGUAAAUUUGGUGGCCAGUUUUGUGAAUUGUUACAUAACUAAUAACUAUGAUCUUUAGCCAACCAAUGCUUUUCUCUGAUUGGGAUGCUCACAGCCUCACAGCACCCAGCAAUUUUUCUAAUACUAUUCAUACUACAAGACCCUAUUCAGGAACAAAUUACAUUGUUGAAAGUCCAGAUAUGUAAUCAUGUUUCAAUUUCUUUCAAAAUCUUGUGGCAUCUUGGUUGUAAGGUGUGAAAGCGCCUAAGAAAACUUGAAAGAGAGUGGCUUUCUGUAUCCAGUUUUACAAGUGGAGACCUAUUUGUCACCAUGUGGGUGAAUUAGAUUCAUGAAUGGGCAACUCCAUUAAAAAAAGAAUACUGGAUAGAUAAAAUUCAUAUCAAUUUCUUCUAGGUUUCGUUAAAAAGCACUCAGAUUUAAGGUUUUUAUCCAGUGUGGAAUAUUGUAUUUUCUUUGAAAUGAAAGUAACUUUGCUUGAUGGAGGUAUGAAGUAUCAGAAAGGUCAAAGGUUAUAAGGGUAUAAUAUGUGUACUUGUCAUAUUAAAGCCAUACCACAAAAUGCCCUCUAGCCCCAUCUCAGGUCAGCUGUAGCAGUAUGGGACCAGUAACUUGCUGCUUCCGUAGCUGUGCUGUUGGGUUAUGCACUGUUGGCAAGUUAACCAUGAGAUGGCGCUGUGCAAUAAACAGUACGCAAGGGCAGAAAGUUUGUCGGUUUAGUAUGGCCUUGAACGGGGAGAGAGAAGGUUUAAACAGAGAUUAUAUUAUUUUAGACUUACUAUGAAAGUUCUUAUUCAAAUGAUUAUUUAUAAUAGAAGUAUUUUUGAGGGCCUUAUUUCCACAUUACUUUAUCUGUAAGUUGAAAACUCAUUAAGAAUAUAGAGGAAAACAAAAAUGAUAGUUAUAAAGGAACCUUUGAAAGUGACCAAGUCAUUUAAUACCCCCUUCUUUUUGAAGAACAGAUACAUGAUCUGAUGCACCCAGAGUCAAUAACAAUAUCUACACAAUGUGGUUAAUAACUGUGUGGUUGUUUGGUUAUGAGAAAUGCUCCACUUUAAAACCAUUGGCAUUAAGCAAUUCAAAGGCUAUUUUAGAACAUUGUCAGGGUCAACUUAAAAUUGAGAUUGAAGAUUGGAGAUAAGUAGAUUAAAAUGAAAAAUAAAAAAAAUAUUUUCACUUAUAAUUCCAGUAGAAGUGUUCAAUGUCAGCAAGAUGAGCAUUGUUAUAACCUAGUGUAAGUUCUAGAUAGCUUAGUUAAUUCAUCUUUGUAAAUUUCAUUUUGUAAUAUAUAGAAAAAUUAAAAGAAACAAAAUAGAAAGUACUAUAUAUGUAAAGAUAUAUAUAUAUAUAUUUGAAUAUAUGAAUAUUUGAAAUGUUUGGUGUACUGGGGAGGAAGAGUUUAAGGAGAAAUGUAAAUCCGACAACCCUAGGAGGAUUGUAUAAUUUAUUUUGCCGACCAAAUUGAGAGAUUUUUAGGAUAUUAAAUUGAGUCAUGUGAAUGAUUGAAUUGCAAGGUAACGAAUUUCAUUAGUUGGAAUACAAUAUUGGAUCUUCAUAGUAACAGAACAUACCAUCAUCUGAUAAUAUAUAAUGUAAGAAAUCAAUUGGAUGAGAGAAAUAAUUUGUGUAGCUUUGUAUUUAUUAGUUCUUCUAUCUUACUGCCUUCCUUUUUUUGUGGAAAUAACUGCAAAAGGUUGCAAAAUCUGUCCCCGCCGGGAAUCAAACCUGGGUAUAUGGUCAUGGAUGCCACUAGACCAGGGAGACAGGUUGAGUUGUAUUCGGCUACAGCAGAUACAAUGAACAACAGACAGCCUUUCCAAACUCUUAGCAGUUAAUUUAUUCCCUUUCUAUUAGGGGCAGGGGAGAUUGAACAAUAACAAGCUGCAUAGGUAGAUCCAUGGCCGAUUCAUGUAUUGGAAUUAAUUGUUUUUGAUAUGUGAGAAAUUUGUUCUAAUACUUUAGCUUCAUCAUCUCUUGUGGGGAAAAUUUACAUAAUGUGAGAAAUCAUUUGGAUGAUACAAAUAAUUCGCCUGGCUUUAAAAUUCAUUUAAUACUCCUUACUGCAUUCCCUUUUGUGGACGUGCUUGGUUCCAUCAGGCCUUCAGGUCAGUUGGCUUAAAUACCCACAUAUUCAUGAAAGCUCAGGUAAAUUGAAUGCAAAUAAACACAUUUUUUUUCAAAGAUGGUCCUCAAGAUAAGGCUAAUCCUGGUACAUGUAAAUCUGUGAAAACAUGACCAUAUCGCAGAAAUCACAACAAACAUGAUUUGUAUGGCCCAUGCAAUAACGAAGCGUUGAUCACUAGCCUUUUUGCAAACUCUUGUGUCUAUUUAUCACGUAUUAAAAAGCGCUGCUUUGAGACACAAGAGGUCCUAGAUAUACUGAAGGAUUUUCAGGGCUGUAUUUCAUAAACCCUUUGUGGAUUAGGGCUUGAUUAUUCAUGAUAGGUCAAAUAACUGGAGCUAAUACCCGGUAGAAUGAAGUAAGACAUUUUUGUGAAAAUACGGCUUCGGAAACUGUCCCCGCCGGGAAUCGUAUCAGCCAUGGAUCUAGCUAAGUUGACAUAUCAUUGCAAGGGAAAUUCUGAAUACAAAGCUGAAUAUAUGUCAUAAAACUAUGAUCUCCAUGCAAUAUUGUAAUAUAAUACUAGGGUAUCUGCUAUCUCAUGCUUGGUUUUUUUUCUUGAAUUAUCUUUCUGAAUAUUCAGAAACAAAGCUCACAGCCUCAUAUUGGGUCCAUGCUCGUGCACAGUGGCUUGAAUUUGAUGUUACAUCACAUCAUUUGGCUACUACUGGUCUUGUAUAUAUAAUGAAACUUGUUUGUGUAUUUGUCAGUGCCAAGACAAGCUUAUUAAAUGGAAAAUACACAAGCGAAGAUAAAGUCCAUCACAAAACGCAGCCUGUACUGAUGCCAAUUAGAAAUGCAGCUCUGCUAGAUAUGCUUCAAGUCACAAAAAGACUUCAGUUGGGAAGAAUUACCAAGAAAGUGUCAAUUAUAUCAAGUUUUGUGAGAUUGAAAUAGGUAUUAAAGAUUUUGAGAAAAUGUCACAUUUUGUCAACCAGUGCAUUCCAUUUGGAGGAGGAAGGCAAUUAGUUAAUUGUGAUUUUGUCCUUUUGCUUUUGAAAAUGAUGCUCCCAAGUCACAAGAUGCUGAUAUUUUGUCAAUAAUCCAUCGCCUGGCUCAUGGUAAAGAAAUGUCAGUAUUUAAUACAUAUUAACUUUUUAUUGUUUUAGUUCCAAAUAUUAUAUUAUUGUCAAAUAUUUUGACUAAAAUCUUAUACUUCAUUUAUGUUGUCACAAAUACAUUUAUCUAUUAGUUUAAUAAUGAGAAUGAUAGUAGGUGAAACUUUAUCUCUAUAUAUUUAGAGCACAUUUUUAUGUUUGACCUCUGAAAAGGACAAAAUGGUUGAAGAAAGGAUGAAAAUGUAGAAACUGGAAUAUUGUGCUUUCUUGACAGAAGAAUAUUGUUGUUUUUCUGUUAAAGUGAACAAAUUCUAUGAACAAUAAGUGUGAAGGAAAAUGAUAUCAAGCCUCUACGCCUGUGUACUAUGUGUAUGGUUGUUUACUUAUCAAUUUGUCUAUUCUAUCAAGACAUUGUGAUGCUUCUUACAAGGAGGUAAUGAUUCUAAUGUCUAUCUUAUCAUGAAUAUGUGUAUGCAUCAAUUCUCUAUUUUCUAUUUACUUCUUGGAAAUGUAUAAUUUGGAGUUUCAAAUAUAUCACAAUUUACAUUAUCUAACUCUAAAUAAAUUGUUUUUCUGAUGUAUUGCCAUCCUUUUUCCAGACCUUGUAUACGAUCAUCUGCCUGGUAUAUAUAUCCACAUGUCUUAGCGCAAGAAAGGCAUUAAUGCUCACCAAUAGACCCCCUAUAUAGGGGAUGUUAGCAGUUAUAUCAACAUGAAAUACUUAGUGACCACUUUUAUAAGUUAUAACUUUUAUAAGAUUUUAUACUGUGUACUGUUUUAUCAGUGGUUUUUAAUAUAUCUUUUUAUUUUCAUGCAUCAAAUUCUUGUACCUCAUUUGUGUGUAACAACUGCUGCAUUUUGUGAUCACAGGAAAAGAAAGAAUAAUGUCAAGUGAAAAGGGCACUUCAUCCAUCAAAUGGAUAUGUGGUUUUAUUGCUUUCAGAGCAGUCAUGUGUCUUGUAUGUGUCAACUAAGAUGAAUUGUGUCAAAUAGGCCAUUUUUGUGUAAUGUAACCAACUAUUAUCCACACAUCUUUGUGAAGUACCUUGAUAUGGAUGAUUUCAUUUAUCUGUUACGAAGAAUUGUAUUUUGCUGGUCAAAAUGCAAAUUGCAUAUAUUAUGUGUUGUUAGGUAAGGUAAGGCAUUAUGUUUGUCCUACAUAGCAACAGCUGAUGUAUGCAAUUCUCAUCAUGACUAUUAAGAUAAAAUUAUUUGUCAAACCGGUGAAUGAAAUAUUUGUACUUCACAAAGAUGUACAGGUACAUGUAUAUGUGUUAUAUUUGGUUACAUUACAAAACUGGCCUGUUGGCAGGAAGGAAUUACAUACAUUAUAUGUAUAAUAAUAACCCUGUUGUUCUUUUCUCAUACUUGCCUACAAUUAUGUAUGAAGCUCACUGUUGAUUUGGUUUAUCAUGUAUGGAUCUGUUUUUAAAUUCAUUCCCUUUACUUGGAAUAUUGUAUGUUUCCAUUGUGAGGAGAGUGAGUCAUACACUCAUGGUACUCCCCAUUAUUUAGUCUACUCCAUUUUUUUUUGUGGGCUAAUGUACUGUAAUGUACAUUUGUAGCUUUGAUUUCUGUAACAGAAGUCAUCCAGCUGUCAAGCCCCCUAAUAAAAAGUGGAUAGUGCAGAUCUAUCUAAAUCAUUGUAGAGAUACAGGGAUCAAAUCCCACCUCAGCACUUGUUUUCCUUUGGCAAGGCAUUAAUCUACAUUUGCCUUACUUUACCCAGAUGUACAUGUAAAUGGGUACCUGAUAUGCUUGAGCACUAGUUACUUUGGCGGCUCAGCUAUACAGUUAACUGGGGUAAAAAAAAAAAAUGUUGAAGCACCACAAGUAUGAUAAUGUGACGAUAUGAGCGCUAUAUCAGAAGCCAUUGUUAUUAUUUUUAUAUAAUUAUUAUUAUUAUUAUUAGAUUAUUAUAUUAUUAUUAUUGCAUACAUUCAAUUUGGAGUUAAAUGUGUUGAUUAAUUGGUGGUUUCCAGUUCUCAUCAGGUUCUAUAUCAUAAUCAUUAUUGUAAUUAAUAUUAUGGAAAUAUGUUUGUAUGCAUUUUUAUUUAAAACAGAAGUAUCAAUUCUCAUGUAUACAAUUUUGAAUAUCAAUUAAAAAAUGUCAGUUCACUAUGUCAAAAAGAAAAA